GUAUUUUUAAUGGCGCGCACUGGAAUAAAACUGGUCGAAAGUGGUUCAAUUUGAUCACGUAAUAUUCUAUUUAUUCCUACUAUUGGCCUUUAUAAGCACAAUAAAAACUAGAGUGGACUCUACUUUAUCGAAGAUUUGUUUGACAAGCCUUUAAAAGCGUUAUUUCAAGCAAUAUUGGUGUGAAAUCUUCUUCAAGUUUGGCAGAUAGAUCCUMACGUGUUGAGUGAAGUUAUAUUCGUUAUUUCUCGAUUUAUUUUACGAUUAUUUGUCUCCCAUAUGAUGGAUUUUCACUGAUCGCAAGUUUUUGAGGUAAAGUCAUGYUUGCAAGCACUGCCAAGACGCCAUUUGGCGGAGGAUCCACGUUUGGUACCGGAACAACUGCAUUUGGGCCUCAAGCAACGGCAUCGCCUUUUGGCCAAACUUCAGCCGCAGGAACGAGUGGAGGAGGUCUAUUCGGCAGUUCCAACACCCAGACGACAGGCUUUGGAACAUUUGGACAGACACAACCAACAGGCACAGGACUGUUUGGUGGCAGUACUAAUACCGGUACAGGAACAAGCCUCUUCCGGGGAGGAGGAACUACGACAGGAAGUUUGUUUGGGCAGCCAACUGGCACAAGUACAGGCUUUGGAACUACUGGGACAAGUGGGAGUCUCUUUGGAGGCAACCCCUCCUCAACUGGUUCAACUCUUUUUGGCCAGUCAUYGACCUUCAAUGCUGGACAGCGUCCUGGUACCACAGGCAGUUUUGGAGGAACAGGUAGUUCUCUAUUUGGUACACCAUCUACUAAUACYACUACAAGUGGGUUAUUUGGGGGAGGUACUACUGGUACACAACAGAGCUCUCUCUUUAGUGCUGGAACAACUGGAUUCCAAAGUGCAGGGUUUGGAUCACAAUCAACAGCCCAGGCAGGAACACCAUUAAAGUUUAAUGUUGUAAAUGGCACAGAUCAGAUGGUCAAAAAUGGUAUCACCACUACAGUCAACACAAGACAUCAGAGUAUCACUGUUAUGAAAGAGUAUGAAGGCAAGAGUUUUGAGGAACUGCGUUUUGAAGAUUACUCUCUGGGUCGCAAAACAGGAGCCAGUGCUACRGGAGGCUUAUUUCCAGGGUCAACAGCGACAACGACAACCGCUUCCUCUGGAGGACUGUUUGGUGGAGGUGCCACCAACUUCUCUGCUUUUGGUCAGCCUAAAACUGGAUUUGGAAAUACAGGAGGAACAAGUUUAUUUGGUCAACAAGCCCAAACUUCAACAGGAGGGUUGUUUGGCAGUAAGUCAGGAGGAGGGCUAUUUGGAACAAAUACAACCUCAACUGCUACUUCAGGGUUUGGUACCGGUGCUUUUGGUACCCCUGCUUCUGGUAGCCUGUUUGGACAAACAUCCAGUACUGGACAGACUCCUGGGUUGUUUGGUACAACCACAACAACUCAGUCUGGUGGACUGUUUGGUUCUGGGACAACUGGUUUUGGCCAGCCUGCUUCUUCUGCCGCGACUGGUCUCUUUGGGCAAACCGGAUUUGGAAACACAGCACAGACUGGACUGUUCAACAGUAAACUUGGUGCCACAAGCACAGGAUUUGGCACAUCCACGAGUGGUGGUCUCUUUGGAGGUGCUAAUCAGCUAAACAAGCCAGCAACAGGAUUUGGGGGUCUUGGGUCUACCACAGGAUUUGGUACUGGUGCUACCGAUACAUCCCUGUUUGGGAAGUCAGGAUUUGGUACGACUAGUACUCUAGGUACUGGCUUUGGUACUGGUGCAACAGGUACUGGACUAUUUGGUAGUGGGACCACAGGCCUGGGUACCGGACUUACUGGGGGACUGGCACAGACAGGUUUUGGCUCCACAGCAUUAGGCCAAGGGUCUGGCUUAAACUUUGGAGGAAACAGUUCACUGCUAGGGUAUUUCCACUUUUCAGAGUUAAAAGGAAGAAAUCAGAACAAUGCUCUCCUACAACAGCAACAGUUACAAAUGCACCAACAGAUUCUUGCGCUCAACAACUCUCCCUUUGGAGACUCCAAGCUGUUCAGAAAUUCAUUGACAGAAAAAGCUAAAAGUGAAAAGGCAGUGACAAAUACUACAGCUUCAUCAAAGGUCUCAUCCCCUUCACAUUAUAAGGUUUCUUCUAAGCUUACAGCUAAAAUCAAGCCAAGACCCAUAAACAGCCAUACUAUGAACAAGCUGAAGCUCUUUGAGGGUUUGGAUGAUGAAGUGGGCCUCAGCCCUGAUACUUUUGUUCCCCGAAAAAGCGUUAAGAAACUGGUCAUAAGAAACAGAAAUGGUCUUGAACAAGAUUCUCCCCUUACCUCAGGUGGUUUGCAGCUGCGCCCUUCAGACAACGACGAAUCAGAAAUAAGAUCAGCAGCAUCACCUUAUCACUUCUCCUCACAAAGGCCGUCAACAUUUUCUGCCGACACUCCACAAACACCUGCUAGCUCAGCCAUGAUGAGUGACCCAAACAAAGACAGUUCUAGUCCUAUGGGUGUCCGUUUCUCUAGAGCUGGAGAGAAGAGACUUGACGAUACUCUUGAUGAUCUCAAUGUGAGGCAAAAUCAUUCUGCGGUAACCGAGAGGGACACAGAAACAGAUGAGAUUGAAGGAGAAGAUGAUGGGCUAAGGCUGGAGCCCUGUGGUAUUAUACUAACAAGGCCUGAGUAUUACACGAAGCCAUCAAUACCUGAGUUGAAUGAAAUGAUUGAUGACAWUGGUGAAAUAUGGGUGACGGAUUUUGUUGUGGGCCGGGACGGUUAUGGAGAGGUAAAGUUUCUGGGUAAAACUAAUGUUGCUGAUCUCAACCUUGAUGAGAUAGUUUUCUUCCGACGUCGAGAGAUUGAAGUCUACCCAGACAGCUACCCAAACAAACCUCCUGUCGGACAGGAAUUGAAUAAGAAAGCUGAAAUCACCUUACUGAAAGUUUGGCCAAAUGACAAGAACACACACCAGCCAAUCAAGACACCAGAAAGACUCAGACUUCAAGGAUGGCUGGAGAAAGUUGAAGCUGCUACAGCUAAACUAGAUGCUUGUUUUGUUGACUACAGACCAGAGUCUGGUACCUGGGUCUUUACUGAUGACGAGAGCACAAUCAAGAAACUAAAGAGACCACCUGUUGACAUGGAAACCACCAAGACUAAAGAAUCUCAAGAGGCAAUAGCCCAGGAAAAGUUAGCCAUGCUACAGAAGUUGAAAGAACAGCAGGCCAAGCUAGAGGCAUAUGAACAAGAGAAGGAGAGAUCUGCAGAAAGCAUGCAAGACCAGGAUAGUGAUGAAGAUGAUCUGGAAAACCAGGCUUUUCCUGAUGAGGUGUUAGAGGAUGAUGAGGACAUGAACGAAUCACCAGCCAGCCAUCAACUGGCCACAGCACUUGGUGUGAGYGCGCAUCGAAUGCAGGUCAUGAAAGCUUCCUUCUUUGGUGAAUCUGAACCAUCUGUCCYCUCACCACUGCCUAAGGAGAAAACAUCCAUGGUCAAGUCCUUAUUAAGUGGAUCGUUUGACGAGAGAAGUCAGAGAAGUUCCCUUGCGCUUGGCCCAAUGUUGUCACCAAAGGUUACCAAGCAUACUGAUCUUGCUGGACAAACUUUACAGUCUUCGUCUGUKCUGUUUAGGAGUCCAAAGAUAGGAUUUUUAUCACAGAAGUACCCCAUCCCACAUGCAGUUGCAUCAGACACCCCACAAGCCAAGAUAAUGCUACCAAGUGCUAUCGGAAGUGCAUUUGAUAGAGGAACCAAACUAGUAGGGGCCAGGGCURAACAAAGGGAUUUGGUCCCUAAAGAAAUGUCUGUCACAGAUGGCAAAGAGGARCAGUUAGCAGACUUCGGGCUGGUAAUGGGAAGAUCCUUCCGUGUUGGAUGGGGACCUGGCUUUUCUCUAGUCCACAGUGGGAAACCUCUUGGGUCGAAGACUGAAAAGACAUCGGCUCUAGUACAGUCAUCUCACACUGGAGAUACUUUGUUUUCYAAGUCAAGAUUGGUGUCAGAAGCACAAGAAGGGCGUUCUCCAUUUGGAGUGGUCAUUGAGAGACUGAACAUUGCUGAACACUUGAGACAGGAUAAUGAAAGUGCUUUGUUACAGCAUGUGUCGUCACUAGAAGUCGAACUAGAACACAGCAAAUCAUCAACAAGUAAAGAUGGAUGUCCUUUCUUUGAGCCUUCUGGGAGUACCAAGGCCCUUCAUCAUCAUGCGAGAAUUGCCAGAAAAAACACGGAAUCUUUGGCUUCUGGUCCGCUCMACGAGUCUGCCCAGCACAUGAGCCUUGUCUGGGAUCUUGCUGUCGCUCUGUGGGGACACCUAAGAGAAGACGAUGAAGACAAAGACGAGAAGAUAUCAGAAGAUAGGGACUCAUAUCAAUAYCACUUGGCUCGAAGAGAAGCUUUGUCAAGAUGGCUGUUCAAUGCUGCUAAAGACAGGGUAAAAACAGAAGUGGAUAGAGCAAACUUUGAGGAAAGCGAUUAUCUUGCUGCUAUAUGGAGUCACGUGACAGGUCGACAGAUAAGCCAAGCUUGUCACGUUGCACAGCAGCAUCGAGAUCAUAGACUGGCGUUACUGUUAUCACAAGCGACUGGUAACGCAACUGUCAGGUAUCUGCUACAGAAACAACUGAGUGUCUGGGAGCAAAUGAAGGCUGAUGAUUACAUUGCAGAACAGAGAAUUAAAAUACUGGCAUUAYUGGCCGGUUGUAUGGUAUGGCGAACAUCGAGCGAGACUGUGAAUGCCUGUGAGGGACUGGACUGGAAGAGAACCCUUGCUGUUCAUAUGUGGUAUCAAAACAUGCCAACUACAAGAAUUUCAGAUGUCUUGGCCAGUUACGAGGACUCCUUUAAGGGAAGAACAAGCUACGGUCAAUACGGUGCACCCCCUAACCCUCCCUAUCGURAAGAAGACGAUGAGGAGGAUAACGAAAAGGCAGGCAAUGUGCGUGAUACGUGCUAUCAUCUCCUAAAACUAUAUUGUAAAAGGUCACACAGACUGGAGCGAGCGAUAGCACCAGCUACUUAUACAUCUCAUCAACUAGACUACAGACAGAGCUGGCAUCUGUCUCAAGCCCUCGAAUCAAUUGGUUACUCACACCUGUCCCCGUACCAUGGCGGAGUAUUACACAGUAGUUUUGCUGCUCAGCUGGAAGCACUUGGACUGUGGGAGUGGGCUGCCUUUGUGCUUCUCCACAUGGCAGACAGGCUAAAACGUGAGCAUGCAGUUCGUUCGCUCCUGUGUCGUCACUGCCAGUUAUCAACCACAGAGGAUUACAUGAGAAAGGAACAGUUUUUAAAAGAAAAACUUCUCAUCCCUGAUGAGUGGAUACACGARGCUAAGGCUAUUCGAGCAUUUUAUCUCGAUCUUCCACAUGAAGAGGCUUUUCAUCUCCUCAAGUCUCAGCAGUGGAAUCGUGGUCAUCAAGUGAUUCUUACCAAGAUAGCAAGCGAUGCAAUCAUUAAUGAGGAAUUCGAUAGCCUACACACACUUCUAUCAGAACUCGAACCAAGAGAAAGAAGCUCCACCGYCAAGGACUGGGCCAGUGGAGGACAGGUACUUUUAGAUUUCCUGAAAGUCACAGAAAAAUUCAAGGCAAUUACUGAGGGUUCUCUUGAACCAACAAAAUAUAACUUCGAGGAGAUCCACAUGCAAGUGUCGUCACUCUGCAUUCGAAUAAAUCACUUACCAUCAACGUCUGCUAAAGACAGAUUGUGCCAAUAUGAGUUGGCCAAGCAGUGUGCUAACUAUCUGAAGGUGGCUACAAGCGAACUGGGUGAUCUGUCGCUCGAAGAAGAAACUCCUCUUCCAUCCCACGUAAUCGUACCACACAUCAGUAAACUCCCCUUACCAGAAGACUGCGCGYUGGCCGAGCUAAGAGAUCUCACCGCAAGCUACGUCUCCGAGAUCACUGCCAAUAUUUAACACCAUUUAACACUUGGUUAAAACAAAUAAGSUCUAUUAAGGGUAUGUCUAACGGCAAGUCAGAGCGGAAAGCUCUCCAGAACCAGGGGUUACUUUYGUUAGCGUUCUCGCAGGAAUUAGUUCUGUUUUUAUAGACACGAAGUAAAAAAGAAAUACAGUGUUCGMUGCGCAGACAAGAUAUGGUCAGUUGUUGCUGUCGGCUCCCUUAUUUCAAAUUGUAAAAUACAUCCUUGUGAGCAAGCUGGAGAGGUCGCGCAAAAAUUUUAGAAAUUGGCGGGUAAAAAUUGCGUCUGUGAUGCUGACGUGCGUCUCGGUGUUCUGAAUCAGAUUAGGUCGGUUUUGACAGUCUUGUAUAAUUCUGCUUGUUUCCAACUGUUAUUUCUAGUUAUUUUGUCGCGGAUCUUCAUAGCGAUCCAGUUUCACCUCAAUUUCUCUAUAGCUAUGGCUUCUGAUGCGAUCAUACGCGGUUAGCUAAAAUAACUAGUGUUGAUCAAACAAAUCCAUCAUUAAAUUGRCACUGAUUUUCAUCUACCAAACUCUUACAAUUUAUUUUCGUCGCACUUAUUUGUUGUCUCAUGAAAAUGAUAAACUGCAUUAAAGCCUUAAGAAAUACAA